GAUUUAUGACACUUUCUCUCAAGUUCCUCUAAGCCACAAGGAAUUCAUUUCAAGAAAAACAGUUUCCUAUGAAGACUUGCUGGUACCUCAGUAUUACAAACUACAAGAAUAUGAACCAUGCGAUAUACACGAAGCAGCUGUCUCCUACUUGCACCCAGAUCCUGAAAGGUACACGCCCAUGACGGCAAGGACGUCUCUGGCCGCCGUCGAUUCAUCUUUGAAAUACAAAAAGAAAGGUAAACCACCCAAGAAAAAGCACCCGGAAACCCUCGAAAAAUCUGGCACUGCAAAGAGGUUAUCUCCACCAAUAAUGGACAGCAGUGUCAGUGAUGAAACUGUAAUGAAAUUUAAGAUGCCAGACUUUAUGCAGCAUCAUUUGAAGAAUUCGGCAGAGUUCAUGUUUAAUCCAAUACCAAACCUUCUGACAUUUGAAGUACCAUUAUCAUAUUCUGAAUUUAAUGCUGACUUCAAUAUGUGCCCUGUACCCAGGUUUCCAAAGCAGAAUUCUUUAACUCAAAAGAAGUUCCUGGACAAAAAUGAUGUGAUACGAGGAUUAAUGACAUGGAGAAAAAUGCCGUCACCAACUUUAUUGGCCCUAAUUUCCAAUCCCACUCUUAGAGAAUUCAGGCCAUUGAAACAAUCUGAAUAUAUAUUAGCCAAACCUCCACCAUUGUUGAAGGAGUUGCCAGAGGAAGCGAAAGAAUUAGCAGCAUCUGGCACUACAAACCCAAUACAAAUGAGGUGUAACAUGAACAUCGUCCCUACCAUUGUUGAAGAGAACUUUGUUCUCCCAUCAGAAGACCAAAAUACAGACUGCAGGUCCUAUAUAGAAAAUGAUCUGAACAAGCGUAUACAGUAUGAGAAAAACCAACUUGGAAAGAAGAUAAGAGAACGGAUAUCAAACCUGAUAGGCUUACUUUCUGAUGACACACUGCUUUGUUCAUAAAGAGUGGAAAAUUGGUAUUGAAAAAAAAAAUUACUA